AUGCCUCCCAGACGAUCCAGAAAUGGCAACCACACCAGGACUACAGCAUUUGGCCGUGCCGGAAUAUGGAAGAGGCCACUAUGGCAGAGAGCCAUUCUUUGGCGUCUCGCAUUGUGGAGUUUCUUAUCAAGGUGGAUUUUGGUCGGCUGUGCAAUUACCAGUAGCUGGAAUGACUGGGGCCGGGAGGACAGACAGGACCCAGACGAUAUCGACGGAGUUCGCCGGCAACUGCAGGAGCAACUAGAGCGGAACGAAAACCAUGACGAAGUUCGGCGGCAGGCGCAGCAGCAACUGGAGCAGGAACGGAUCCGGAUCCAGGAUCAGUUCCUGGAUCAAAACCAGAACCAGCCUCAGGAAGAUGCAGGGCAUUGA